AUGGAAAUGGAUUCCCUAAAUUCUGCUGUUACCUUCAGCGAUUCUUGCACCUCACCUCUUCAACUAGAGAUGAAGAGGAACAAACAUCAUGGUCACCAGAUAUCAAAGUGGCUUUCCAUGGAGAAAACCAUCACGGGACUUGUGCAAAAACUUAAUCUUUCCAACAUUCGGUUCAUAGCUUCUGAAAUCUUGAACCAGGAUUUGAUCUGGGGCAGAGGCCUGUUUUGCAGAGCGGUAAUGAAAUCCCAGGUGGGCUCUCCGCGCCUUUACGCUGCAUUGGUUGCAAUGAUCAACUCUGAGUUCCCGGACGUGGGGCUUCUGCUUGUGAAAAGGGUCGUUUUGCAGUUCAAAGAGGCUUAUGAUUGCAGUAACAAGAAAGAAAUGGAGGCGGUGUUGAAGUUCUUGGCGCACUUAGUGAACCAAGCAGUGGUUUAUGAAUUGGUGGCCUUUGAUGUUUUGUUGCUUCUGUUGGGACGUCCGAGUUCGGAUCAUAUUGAGGUUGCGGUGAACUUCUGCAUUGAAUGUGGCUCGUCGUUGCUGGAUUUUUCGCCUGGUACACUGAAUGAGGUUGUGAAAGAAUUUGGUCGCGUAAGAGGAGAGGUGGAGAAGCGCGUUCAAGUCUUGAUUGUGAAGCUGUUUGUGGUUAGGAGACUGAGAUUUAAGGAGUAUCCGAGGAUGAUGGAUGAGUUGGAUUUUGUGGAGGUUGAGGAUCAGGUUACUCACGAGGUGUCUUUGUUGCAUGAGAUUUGUUCAGAGAGUAGUGUGGAUAGUUUCAAGGCCGAAAAGGAUCAGUCUUUUGAGCAUGAAAUGUGUAGUGAAAUAGUGAUUCCAUGUGAUGAUGAUGACGAGAUGUUUAGUAGUAGGAAAGUUGUGAGCUGUGAAUAA